AUGUCCUCAAUCAAUGAUCUUUUUGGGACUCCAAGUUCCGGUCAGCUAGAAUCUACUGUAAGUGAACUUUUUAAGAAGUCUUCAGGUCCCGUCGAUGCUCUCAAGGUCAAGGCUAAGGUUAGAACUGUGCUACCUGCAGUCACGGAGAGUGCAGUCGAACCACAAAUCGAAGAGUCUGUGGAGGUAGAGGAAUCAUCCAGUGGUGAGGAAACGACUGUUAAAAGAAAAUCGGAAACCGCAGGAGUGGAGGAGGAAGAAAUCUCUGUUGUGAAGAAGCAAAAGAAGGCGGCCAAGAAGGGUGAAAACGACGACUUGGAGGAGAGAUAUUACUCGAAACUGCUCAAAGAUCAAGAACCUGAGAAAGAGGAGCAAGAGAAGUCACAGGAUGCAGCUGAGACCAAGGAAAUUGAGAAACCCGUUGUCGCCAACAGCUCUGUGGCCAAGAAACAAGAUUUCAAAGAAGAGGAAUUAGAGAAGGCGGAUAAGACUGUCUUCGUGGGUAACGUCCCUACAGAUGUUAUCACGUCCAAAAAGGCCUACAAAGAGUUCAAAUUGCUCUUUAGUACGGUGGUCGCUACGCAAUCAGAAACGUCGGGUGAUGAGGAGUCCACUGAUAACACGAAGGCAGACUUGCUAGCUAUUGCAAGUAUCAGAUUCAGAUCCAUAUCGUUUGACGAAGCACUUCCCAGAAAGGUUGCAUUCAUGCAGCAAAAGUUGCACAAGGCUCGUGAUUCUGUGAACGCCUAUGUUGUCUAUAAAAACAAGGCUGCCGUAAACUUUGUGUGCAAGAAUCUCAAUGGAACUGUUUUCUACGACCAUCAUCUAAGAACCGAUUCCGUUGCUCAUCCAACUAAGCAUGACAAUAAGAGAUCUGUUUUUGUGGGUAAUCUUGACUUCGAAGAAGCAGAGGAAAACUUAUGGAAGAAUUUCUCAUCAUGCGGUGAUAUCGAGUACGUGCGUAUUGUGAGAGAUUCGAAGACAAAUAUGGGAAAAGGUUUUGCAUAUGUUCAGUUCAAGGAUUUCCAAAGUGUUAACAAGGCCCUUCUACUGGACGGCCGGAAGAUUAAUGGCACUGGCAGAAAGCUACGUGUCACAAGGUGUAAAAAUAUGGCUAAACAGCAAUCAAAGCAAGCUUCGCUCUCUAAAAAACUAACAGACACACAAAGAACCAAGCUAGGAAGAGCAAAGAAAGUCUUGGGGAAAGCAGAUAGAUCGACAGCGGGUAAACAAAUCACUAUUGAAGGUAUGAGAGCCACCAAGGGUGACACAACUCCGGGUCUAAAAAGGAAAAAGCAAAGAUCGAAGACUGGUAGGGUGACAAAACGUUCAACCGCAUUCAAGAAGGCAGCCAAAGAAAAAUCAAAGUAA